UGCAAGCAAUAAUGAUGAGCUCCGCUCUAGCGCUGCAUGCUCUACCGUAGCUAUCUAUAUCUCUCGAACGCGCUCAUCACCUCCGCCUCCUCUAGCCGGGUAGUUUUUCAACAGCUGAUAACGUUGCAUACUAGUAGACUAUUAAAGCUUGUGUACUGCACGCACUGGGCCUGGGGCAGAAUACCUAAAUAAAUUGAGUGACAUGCUUUAUUCGCGGAAUGAUCUUCUCAGUUCCUUGAAAUAUCAUCAGUGAUUUUAUUCCUGGCACCAUAUUGUACGACGUGACGAACGUACCGACCUGUGAAUGUGAUUGUGAACCGUCACUUCAGUUCCGCGAUCCCGGUACCGUACUCGGCGGCGCGGCGAGGGGUGAGGUACGUACGGUACGGUAUAUUCGCGGCCAAGCCCUGCAUGAGAAGUGUGACUGUGAAGCUGGCCUGGCCUGGAGUUUUAUCUUGAAGCUGCCCACGAUAUUUCUGCAGUUGCGACUGACUCUACUCCUCGUUUAGCUCCUCCAAAGAGAGGAGGAACUGCCAUCAAAGAUAGCAGAGGUCCUUCUUUCAUGCCUCUUUGAAUUGAAUGUGGGACAACCUUUUACCUCAGCUUGUGACUCAUGGAUCAUAAUGGACUCUGCCAGAGUGUGAACCAGUCACUUUGGAAGGGGACGCACAUCAGAGUAAAGUAAGUCCUUUCCAUAUCUUUUGGGCUUGUCAACAGUAAGGAGGAGAUUUGGAAUGGUUGGCGAUAAUUUUUUUCUGCAAAUACAGUAGAACGUAUAUGUGAAUGAUGAAGACUGUCGACCAAUGUGACUAUUGCAUCAAUCUUCAUGUGAUAUCAGGAAGGGAAACUUUCAGUCGGAUUAGUGGUGGCCCACAUGAUCACUUAUCAGAAUGCAGUGAAUGUGUGAAUGUUGGUGCAGCCCAAAUAGUAAAGUUUGUAUUAUGGCAGUAUCGUCAAAUGAUUUAUUUGGACCAUCAUCUGUAGGUGUUGUGUGUGAUCUGUGUACUUUCAGAAUGCAGUCUUAUGCUGACUUAUUUCUUUUAACGAGGGACAUUCGGCCUGUAAAUACAGAAGGAGUCUCAUUGAUUGGAGAGUCCUAUUCAAAGUGCAGAGAUACUUUAAUAGCCAGGACAAAAGGCUUGGCAAUAGCAGCGAGGGAAGUGCGGGCACAGCUUGUAAUGGGGCGCCUAAAGGAAGCUGCAAAUGCAAUGAAGCAGUUAUCAGAUCUUGUAGUUCACAUUACUGAAUGUUCCAGUCAUGCUGCUUAUCUUGCUGCAAUUAAUGAUCCUGGGUCAAAGCAGGCAGUACCGGGAAUUAUUGAUCGCUACAAGAUCUCAUGUGCCAAGCUCAACAUUGAGCAUGCUUGCAUGACUCUUCAACACACGCCGCUCGUUGAACUUUCCCCAUCUGAUAUUGUAGACCUGUCAGCCGACGUUGCCAGGGAGCUUGGGGUAUUGACCAGUGCCAGCUUACUUGCCAGUGAAGCCAGUGAUGAUGUCUUUCACAAAGAGCAGUUUAAGCUGUCCAUGAAGAGCGUUACAGCAUGCACAAGCUCCCUGCUGGCAAGUAUCAAGCGCUACAAGGUGACUCUCGACGAAAGAAGCCGAGCACGCUGCAUCACAUUCUGCAAACCUCUUGUGCAAUCUUGUCAGGCAUUUGUUGAUUAUGCCAGCGAACCUGAACAUUUAGGAACCAUAGCAGACAUCUCAGAGAAUGGAAAGCAAGUACAGACUGCAAUAUUAGGUGGAGGUAUGAGUGUUGCCAGUUCAUGUAUACAGUUGUGUCAUUGUACAAGAGCUGCAGCCUUUGAUUAUAACAAUCCUGAUCUGAUUCAGAGACUAACUGUUUGUUGUACUGCAGUUAUGGAUGGUGCCACCCUACUUGCUCAAGCCCUCCGUGACAGAUCAUCCCCACGAACGAUACCCCCAUCUGCUUCUUGCCCCCAUUUAAAUCAUGCCGAGUAGGCUCAUACCCCGUUUAGAUCUAAUAAACAUGUGGGGUAACCUGGCAGGUUACCUUGAAUCCUUAGUUGUACGCUCUCUCGUAACAAAGGUCAAAGCAUGAGGUAAAUGCAGGGUAAAAGUUAUAGUUGGCCUAGCAUGACACAGCAUAACUUCUGUUAUUCUAUGAGAUCCCUUGUU